CCCGUCAAUACAGUUGCUCGCAAGCGACACGCCGUCAGAACGAUGUCCAAGCCCUCGCCGGCACAAGUUUUACUAGCCAAGGCGGACAAGAAGUACAACUCUAGCACUGGAUGGUUUUCAUCAUCUGCUUCCAAAUACGAAGAAGCCGGUGAUCUCUACCAACAGGCCGCCAAUGCCUUCAAACUGGAAAAAUUGUUCAAAGAGAGUGGCGAUGCUUUCGCCAAAGAGGCCGACUGUCGUGAUAAGCAAGGGGAACGAGACGAAGCUGCGAAUGCAUGGUGGAAUGCGGCUAAGGCUUACAAGCAGGGCCAUCUGGACCUGGCCAUAACCGCACUCUCAUCGACUGUCACAUUAUUGACACACCUUGGACGCUUCCGACAGGCUGCUGAUCGCGAGAAAGAGGUAGCGCAGCUAUAUCUUCAAGAGCUGAAAGACCUCGGCAAAGCAUGCGAGAGUCUUGAACGUGCUGGAGAGUGGUAUUCACAAGAAGAUGCGAAAGCGACUGCAAAUGGAUGCUUCAAGGAUGCAGCUGAUUUGCACGCGGAGCUAAAUGAGUUCCCUGCUGCCAUCGCCAGAUACGAACAAGUCGCAAAUCACUCUCUCACUUCUUCGUUGACGAAGUACAGCGUGAAGGAGUACUGGCUCCGAGCGGGUCUUUGCGCUUUAGCCAAUCAUGAUACUGUCACGGCUCAGCGGAACCUCAAUAAAUAUGGUACACAAGAUGUCACAUUUCCGUCAACGCGAGAAGCCAAGUUCCUCAAUGUCCUUAUCAAUACCAUCGACAACGGAGAUGAAGAGGCUUUUACUGCCGCGAUUGUGGAAUAUGACCAGAUUUCAAAAUUGGACAAUUGGAAAACUAACAUACUUUUGAAGAUCAAGAGAAGCAUUCAGAAUGAGGAGGACAACCUGACAUGAAUUUAAUGACGCAAUGUAUAUUAAUUACGAUUAAUGGCACACAAUAACCGUCCGGCCGCCAUAUG